AUGAGCCGUCCAGCACAUGCAGAUGCAGCCAUGGAGGCAUUAACCACCACCAAUACUACUCCACAUACUACUACUAUACAUGUAGAAGAGUACCAAGAUGAACCAGAGUGCACCAGUAAAAGAUCUACAGGUACCAAUGCUGUACUGGUACUGCAUGCUACCCCAGAUACUACUACUACAACUGUGUUUGAGCUGUUUGGCACCAACUAUACCCAUGAUUGCAUUCAAGAGACUUUCUACUUGGUCCAAGGCAGUACUAUUAAUAGUAGUCAACACAAUCAUCUGCAAGGAACAUCUAUCCCCACCCUGAUUGGACUCCUAACCAAAUUGACCCAACUCAGCUUGUCUUCCAAUCACUUGUCCGGCUCUCUGCCCACUGAAGUUGGACUCUUGAUCCACUUGGUCCACUUGAACGCCAACCACAAUCAAUUGUCGGGACGUCUGCCUUCCGAACUUGGACUUCUCACCAAAUUGACCCAAUUGGAACUCAAUCACAACCAACACUUGUCCAGCAGUAUUCCCACGCAAAUUGGAGCAUUGACAUGGUUGAAAGACCUUAGUUUGUCACACAAUCAAUUCUCACAAGGAAUUCCCUCGGAAUUGGGACAACUGACGGCUCUCACGUUUCUGGGAUUGGGCAUGAACCAGUUAUCCAAUACCAUUCCCGCACAACUAUUCAUGGGACGCCUCACACAGUUGCAGUGGUUGGAUAUCGAAGGAAACCAAUUAUCGGGAACCAUCUCGACAGAAAUUGCCUUGCUCACCGCUCUCAACGGCAUGAGCUUGGCCCACAAUCAAUUCUCCCAUCAAUUACCCACCCAGAUUGGACGUCUGACCAAUUUGGUCUCCUUGAGUCUCGACAACAACCAACUCUCCCAAAAUUGCGUUCCCACAGAAAUGGGACAAUUGACCCAUCUCAAAAAACUACACUUGCACCGCAAUCAAUGCUCCCACACGAUUCCCACUCACAUCGGCAUGCUCACGGCCAUGACCUCCUUGCAGCUCUACAACAAUCAAUUUUCCCAUCGAAUACCCACUGAAAUUGGAUUACUUUCGACGCAUUUGGAGAUUUUGUUUUUAUCCAACAACAGGUUGUCUGGAAGUGUGCCUUUUGAAAUUGGACGCCUCUCUGCCUUGAAGUUUCUCGGCAUGCACCACAAUCGACUCUCCAAUAGUAUUCCUACCCAACUUGGAGUACUUGUCAAUAAUUUGGAAUUCUUGGAUUUGGCAGACAAUCAAUUAUCGGGUAGUAUUCCCUCAGAGAUGGGAUUGUUACCAGCAUUGGAGUGGUUGUACCUUCAAAACAACCAUCAGUUGUCGGGACAUGUACCAACAAAUCUUUGUUACAACCAGGCAUUGCAGGAAAUCAAAGUCGAUUGUCCCACUAGCAACCACUUGGAGGAUGAUGAUUACGUCGAAUGCUCCUGCACUCAAUGCCGCUGUGCGUCACAUUGA